AUGAAACUGAAGUCUCUAGUAACCGCACUGGCGCUCAGCGCCGCAAUCCCCGCUUCGGCGACCGAGCUUAACAUGCAAAAUGCGUUCCCAGCCGGACUGCCCAUCGUGGGCACUGGAGCAGAUCGGUUUGCCGAUCUGGUCGAGACGCUGACGGGCGGCGAACUCUCGGUGACGGUGCACGGGCCGGGCGCUUUAUCACCACUUCCGGAAAUCCUGGAAAAUGUUGGCUCCGGUGCGAUCGAAGCCGGCUGGGCCUAUGCGGGUUUCUGGGAGGGAAAGGCGCCCGCGGCCGGCCUUUUUGGUUCAAUCCCGUUUGGACCUGAUGCCAUGAAGUACUUGGCCUGGACGAUGGAAGGCGGCGGGUUGGAAAUCUGGCGUGAGGUUUACGAGCCUUUCAACGUCGUCCCGUUCCCAUGUGGUGCCAUCAUCGCCGAAGCGGGCGGUUGGUACACCAAGGAAAUCAACACGGCCGAAGACUUUGCCGGCGUGAACUUCCGCAUUGGCGGUCUGGGUGGGCGAAUCCUUGGCAAGCUGGGAGCAAACCCCGUGCUGUUGCCGGUGGGCGAGGUCACGACGGCGCUGCAGACCGGGCGUCUUGACGGCGUGGAGAUCUCUGCGCCUUGGGUCGAUAGAAACCUUGGCUUCAACACGGUUGCCAACAACUACUAUUUCCCGGGCUGGCAUCAGCCGGCGGGGUUCACCGAACUGAUCAUCAACAAGGAUGUCUGGGACGCAAUGUCAACGCAGGAGCAGGCAGCGGUCGAAACCGCGUGUGCCGAAAUCAACAUUUGGGCAAUCGGCAUUGCGUCUGCGGCGCAAGCCGAUGCGCUCGCAUUCCUUCGUGGAGAAGGCGUAAACGUUCAACGUUUCCCAGAUGAGGUCCUUGCGGCGUUGCGGGAUGCGACCGAAGAGGUGUUCACCGAGCAGUCAGCAGCCGACCCGAUGUUCAAAAGAGCGCUGGAGAGCUAUCAGGCCUUCUCGGACAAAUAUGACGAGUAUCAAUCGCUAAGUGCGCUUGAUUGA